UUACGUGCCCCCUGCGUUUCAUCGCGGAAAACCCGUGUCUCGAUUGUGACAUCGCCAUAGUGAAUUUGAGCGUGCUGAAGAAGUGUUGUGUUUUAUUUAUUUAUGUAUUUAUUGUUAUCGAAAAGUUCCAAAUAAACAUCAAGUAGAUUAUUUAAAACGACAGUUCUUCAGAUUUUGGAAAGGGGGUCGAGUUAAAGGGCAUUUAUGUCUGCUGACAAGUCUGAUGGAUGUGAGACCACUGUUUGUGUUGUCACCCCGAGCUCCCAGGGCCGCUUUUGUUUUGGUGAACAGAAAGGGAGGCCAUUUUAGGCGUCUCUUUGCUUAGAAUAUAGAUUUCUCAUCUGCUUUUCAUUUUAUUUUACUUAUUGUCGACGGUGUGAAUUGUUGGGGAAAGGGGAUUUCGUUUUUGUUGACGUUAUUUGUUUCUGGAUAAUCAAUUUCUGUCGUUAUUUGGACUAAAAAUGAACCAUCGACAAAGAAGAGACUUCUGAAAUCGUCGGUCCCGGUAUCGUGGACUGAGAAAAAAGGCCAGUGGGCCUCAACUCCAGUGACUAUUUCUUCAGUUGUAUUAUCUUUAUUACCAAUUGUCGACGAAGAAAUUUCACGUUUUGGACAUUUGCUUGAGAGGACGUCAGCGCCCAAUUGUUUAAAUGAUGGACUUUUAAAGAACCUAUUUGAUAAUUUUCUCCAUUUAAUUGAUGACCUUUAUGCCCGUGUAGUUGAAUCAGAUUAGAUUCGAUUUCCAUUUCUAUUCCAUAUAUAACUACAAAAUUGAAUCCUGAACUUAAUUUAAAGUUUCUAGGUUUUUUUUGUCAGAUCGUGAAUCGAACAUAUAAAAUGCCUAGAUAGAUUUUUUUAACAUUUAAUCCACCAUUGAUUGUGCAUCCUUUGUUUUAAUUUGUUAGACCUUGUGUAAUCUCAUAAAAUGUCCUGUGUACAUUAUAAAUUUUCCUCUAAACUGAACUAUGACACGGUCACUUUUGAUGGACUCAACAUCACAUUAUGUGACCUGAAAAAGCAGAUCAUGGGAAGAGAGAGGCUGAAGGCGGUGGAUUGCGAUCUUCAGAUUACCAAUGCACAGACUAAAGAAGAGUACACGGAUGAUAGUGCCCUUAUUCCCAAAAAUUCUUCUGUCAUUAUUCGAAGGAUUCCUAUUGGAGGAGUUAAGACUACUAGCAAAACAUAUGUCAUUGAUCGUACUGAAUCUUCAGGUGGAUCCUCAAAAGCCAUUGAUGAGUCUGCUGCUUCUAUUACACUGGCCCAGCUAUCUAAGACCGCCAAUUUGGCCGAAGCUAAUGCAUCCGAAGACGAUAAAAUUCGAGCUAUGAUGUCACAGUCCAGCCAUGAUUAUGAUCCAGUUCAUUACAUGAAGAAACUAUUUGGGCCUCCACCACCCAAUUACACUUGCUUUCGCUGUGAGAAAACUGGACACUAUAUUAAAAACUGCCCAACCAAUGGGGACAAAACUUUUGAAGCAGGUCCAAGGAUAAAAAAGAGCACUGGUAUUCCUCGAAGCUUCAUGAUGGAGGUUGAUGACCCGAAUAUGAAAGGAGCCAUGCUUACAAACACUGGGAAAUACGCUAUUCCAACUAUUGAUGCCGAGGCGUACGCCAUUGGAAAAAAGGAGAAGCCACCUUUUCUACCCCAGGAGCAGUCUUCAUCUUCUGAGGAGGAGGACCCUAUCCCUGAUGAGCUGCUGUGCCUGAUUUGCAAGGAUAUCAUGAAUGAUGCAGUCGUAAUUCCAUGCUGUGGAAACAGUUACUGUGAUGAUUGUAUUAGAACAUUUCUUCUAGAGUCAGAUGAACAUAUGUGUCCUACUUGCAAUCAGACAGAAGUUUCACCUGAUUGCUUGAUUGCCAAUAAAUUUUUACGACAGGCUGUAAACAAUUUUAAAAAUGAAACUGGCUACACCAAAAGGCUUCGUAAGGGACAGGCUCCGCAAACUGCACCGAUGCAGGGCCAGUCCAGGCCACAAGUGCAGCGUCCUGUCCAGCCAGCUGCAAGACCGACAUCCUCCAGGCAGCAGGAUCCUCUCAUGGCUAAUAUCCCUCCUGUUGCUGCUAUUCCUCCCCCUGUUGUUCCUGCUGCCAUACAUGCUCCGGUGCUGCACCAGACACAGACCCCUGCCCCUGUUCAACCCGCUGCACCAACUGUCCAGGUGAAUCUGGUCACCAGUAGCCCUGCUUCAGAAGUGUCCACGUCGGUGCCCUCUCCACAGCCACAAGUGAAGCACGAAGAACCUGUUUCAGUAAAAGAGCCUGAGAAAAUUGCAACUCCUGUCACAUCUGUGAUGGUUUCUGCAGAUACAUCUAUAACUAUGUCUCUUCCAAAGGGAUACCAGGUUCCUGUGCUUGGUCAACCUCAUUCAGUUGGCCACUGUAUACCUACAACAGGUCCGCCAAUGAGAACCGGCACUAUUCGACCUGGAGGCAAUCGACAAGGCUGGGAUAUAUCAAACAGAGGUCGACCACAGAGUGACCGGCCUCCCAGAACACAAACGACUACCUUGCCAUCCAUGGCCCCUGUUUACGUGCCUCCCCCAUCACACUUCGCUCCUCCCUCCCACGCCUUGCCUCUUCCACCUGGAGUAUCACUUCCUCAGUUCCCGCCUCUGUUUCAGCCUCCUACUGCUGGAUACGCCGUACCCCCUCCAUUGUUCCCUCCAGUCUCAACAACUGCUGCAGCUCCAUGGGUUCCCCCUGUAACUACUGGAGCACAGGGCAGUGCCAUUCCUACCAUCCCACAGGCACCCCCGCUAUCUAGAGAAGAGUUCUACAGGCAACAGCGUAGACUAAAAGAAGAUUCCAACUGUCGCUUCGUUGCUAGGGAGAAGUCUAAGCUUGAUGAGUUUACCAAUGACUUCGCUAAAGAAUUACUGGAAUACAGAAAAAUCCAAAAGGAAAGGAGGCGAUCCUAUUCAAGAUCAAAGUCGCCAUACAGCGGAUCAUCGUUCAGUGGCAGCUCCUACUCUUACUCAAAAUCCAGAUCGCGAUCCUCCAGGUCUCGCUCCUACUCGAGGUCUGGCAGCCGAUCUCAUUCUCGUUCCUACUCCAGAUCUCCAGUGUACACCAGAAGAGGUGGGGGAGGCAGGAGCCGUAGUUACCGCUCCAGGUCGCGAUCACACGGAUAUCACCGGUCUCGGUCUAGGUCCCCUGCAUAUCGAGGAGGAGGUGGAGGAGGAGGAGGAGUAGGAGGCGGCAGCAGCAGCAGAGGGUAUCGCUCCCGUUCAAGAUCUCCAGGUUACCAGGGCCAUGCUCCCAGUAAACGACCUGCACCACUGCCACAUCCUGAAGGUGACAGAGAGUACUUCAACAGAUAUAGAGAGCCGCCCCCCUAUGAUGCCAAGGCUUGCUAUGGUCGUUCUGUGGACCAGAGAGACCCUUUCGAGAGGGAAAGAUACAGGGAGUGGGAAAGGAAGUAUCGAGAGUGGUAUAACAAAUUCUACACCCCCCCUGGCAAUCAGCCAAGGCCUAGGCCUCCUCCAUCUAAUAGGGAACAUUUCACUCCAGAGCGGUUUGGCCCACCGGUCGUCAGACGGGACAAUUCACCAUACAAUCGAGGUCGCAGAGAGGAGUACCCUCCACCUGGGCAGAGCCAGAGAAUUCGUAAUGUGCCUGGAAACUAUCCGGAGAAGUUUGUCUAUAAAGAAGGACAUGGAAGCAGCAAAGAGCCUAGAAAAUCAAAGGAAAAAGAAACAGGUAAUCCUCCAGCUGAUGGAAAGGGUAUUAAACACAAAAAGCACAGGAAAAAGAGGAAAGGUGAUGAGAAUGAACUGUUCCCCACUGUAGGUUCUCUAGAUGGCUCCAGAAAGCCCACUGGCGGUGAUGAGGGUAAGGGGGAUUCUAUACUGAUGCCUCCAUGCCGAGAUGAUGCCACCCCUGUCAGAGAUGAACCCAUGGAAAGUACAUCUGUCCUCUAUAAAGCUGUAACUGAGAAAGACAAAAGGGAGAAGGUGAAAGCAAAGGGUGAAAAACUAAAACGCAAGCCAGAAAGCAGUGCCCCGAAAAAAGACUCCUCGUUGAAGACCCACAAGCCAUCCAGAGAAAAGCAGGUUGAUGCAGACAAUGAAAAGUCUUCACGUGUGGAGCCCCCAAUGAAAAAGCCUAAAGAAGAUUCUUCUCAGAAGACUGAAGCUUCAAAGCAGCAAGUGUCCCAGAAAGAGGACAAGGCUCCUCUGUCCCGCAAAGGACAGCAGAAACCAGCUAAACACCAUCAAGAGCCUAAAGUGGUUAAAGAGGAGAAGGUCAAGGAGAAGAAAGAGUAUGUCAAGGAGACAUCUAAACAUGACAAUCUCCCAAGCAAAGAGGAGAAACCAAAGAAAGAUAAAAUAGAGGAGAAAUGUAAAAAAACCUCAGAUGUUAAACAAGAGAAAAGGAAAAGAAAAGAAGAAAAACAUUUAGAAAAAGAUCUUGAAAUGCCUUCUAUUAAGUCCCCUAGAAUUGAAACUGUAGAAGUGGCCAAGCAAGUGGCAAAGCAUUCGCCAAAACCUAAACCUGAGCCUGAGAAAUAUCCAGAAAAGACAAUUGCCAAGCCUGUAGUGGCAAAGGUGGAUAAAGAAGAGAACAUUGUUCCAGUGAGGAAGAUAAAAAUCAACCGUGAGACUGGCAAAAAGAUUGUAAGCAGGGAAAGCAUAGCUCCAGCGGAAGAAAUGACAGAUGGAGCAGAAAAGAUUAGGCCAGAAAGAAUGAAAACUAAAAUACGAAGAAAAAUGCAAGCUGCAGAUGAAACCGCUUCUACCUUGGUAGAUUAUACCAGCACUAGCUCCACAGGAGGCAGCCCAGUUAGAAGACUAGAAGAAAAGCUGGACAUUAAAAAGACAGUGGUGAAGACCAUGGAAGAAUACAACAAUGACAUCUCAACUCCAGCAGAAGAUGAAAUUGUUAUGAUCCAAGUUCCUCUUUCAAAAUGGGAGAAAGAAGACUAUGAAUCGGAAGACGAUAAUGCUAAGUCAGCAUUGGUUGCUGGAAGUGGAAAAUCUGCUACUGUGAAAAAUGUCACUGUAAAAUCUUCCAGCGAGAUGAAACAGACUGAAGAGGACUCUCCACAGACUGAGAAAACAUCCAAAGCGGCCAAGGAACCUGACGGGGAGGAACUGCAGUCUGAAUCCAAAGUUUUGAAGACUACUGUGCCAAGUGAAAAGGAGAAGGUAGGUGAAAAGGAGAAGAUCAGAGAAAAGGAGCGACCAGCUGUAGACAGUGAGACCAUGGAAAAGAGGAAAGCACCCGAUUCCCAGUCAGACAAAGAAAGAAACCUGGAGAGGACCAGUGAUCAAGGGAGUGAAAAAAGUGUCUCCUCGUUCUCCUCUUCUAAAGACAGGACCGUAGAAAAUUCUAAUGCUGGUUCCCGGGCAUCUUCAGUUAAAGGCAAUUCAACAGCUGCUAGAAGUAACCGAGAUUACCCCAGCUCUAAGCGUAAAGAAGAAAAACUAAAAGAAUCUAGCAAGAGGAGGGACUCCCCUUCCCUAACUAAAGAACAUGCUCCAAGUCAAAAGAGCAGAGAUAGGGAUGUGCAUGUUGACAUUCCAAGGAAAGUCGCAACAGAAUCAAAGAGAACUGAGCAUAGCCCUGCAAGGGACAAAAAGACACAUACAGAUUACAAAAAUGCCCCUGAUUCCAAGCGUGCAGUAGUGGAUGACCAUCGAUCAGACAAAAUGCCUAGUAAAGAUUCAAACAGACACGCAACCUCAGAGACGAGAAGCAACAAGGAAAGGGAUCAUGGCGGUUACAAGUCACAUAGGACUGAAUCCCCCGAUGUUAGGACUGACAUGGAGAGAACUGUUGGCCGAAAUGAGCGUGAGCACAAUAAGAACAAGCCACUGCUCGUCAGAUCUACCCGGCUGUCCUCCGACUUGGCUAGAGAAACCGACGAGGCUGCUUUCGUGCCUGACUACAGUGAGAGCGAUGGUGACAGUGAAGCAUCUGACCAUAAUACUAAGCUUGAACGAGUUAAAGAGACGGGGGUGGUGGCAGCCCCCCUUCCCCCCAGUUUGAGCCCAACCAGGAGCCAGAGGAGUGCAAGUGUGAGCCGCAGCCAGAGCCCCUCAGAGAGCCAGCCUCACAGCCGUAGCAGCAGUGCCAGCUCCGCCGGCAGCCAAGACAGCAAGAAAAAGAAGAAAAAAAAGGACAAGAAGCACAAAAAGCACAAGAAACACAAAAAACACAAGAAGCAUGCUGGCAACGAAUCUGACCCCGAAAACAAAGGCCAAAAACACAAGCAUAAGAAAAAGAAAUCCAAGAAGAGCAAGGACAAGGAAAAGGAUGACCAAAAACCAAAAGUAUCUGUAUGAAAAAGACAGAUCAGAAAUUGUCAUUUGUAAUGUUACAGUUUAAAGAAAAUCCAAUUUGUAAAUAGUAACGUGGUUAAAAUGUGCUGCAUGUACGAUUGCUGCUCAGCUGAUUUUUGUUUUUUUGUUAAUGAGGCUUAUAAAUAAUGUACAGAAAUACCAGAUUGACCAUGCAAAAGUAAAAGGUUGAGCUACAGUGUUGAGGUUACCCACUCUUAAAUGCCUAUGGAUGUUGCAUACCUCUCUUUUGUUUUGUUUUUUAAAUCUGGAAAAUGUAUUUUUAAAGUUUGUGUCUCGUAAGAGAUAGCUUUUAAAAAAUAAUGAUCUUCAUGCAGUCUCGAAGCUUGGUAUUUGGGUUGUUCUCCAGUAAUAAUAAAUAAGGAAUAUUUUACUCGUUUAAUGAAAGCACUUUAGAUGUUUAACAUGGUGUUAUCAAAAAGCCUAACUGAACAAAAGCCUACAUGUACCUCAAGUCCAGCCUAGGUUUUUAAGUGGCUUGAGUAAUCAUAUCUUCAUUGUAUACAAUUAUGAUGGCAAUAACGUUACUGGCAGGACUGGAUUUUGUUGUAUAAGUUAAAUACUGGCAAACUGUUAUAUCCCUAGAAAUAAGAGGUGGGGUUUACUGUACUGUGAUUUCUUUUUUUUCUUUUCCACCCCCAUGUUUAGAAUUUUUGUAUUGCCUGGCACAAGGCCUUGUAUUUAAAUUGUAUCAGCUGAAUAAUUUACAGUGAAAUGAAGCCUUUCUAUGGAGUUUUGAUUGUAAUAAAUUUUUUCAGGAAACUUUUAAA